UUAAGGAAAAUUGAAAUAAAUCUAAAAAAAAAAUAUAAGUAAAAGACAAAUCAGACAAAUUCAAUCGUUCAUAAAAGAUCAGCAAGAAAACAAUCCUUUCUUAGUGCAUUUUCCGGCAUUCUUCAAUAGUUUUUGAUUUGAUGUCCAUACAGAAUCUCAACUCGCGCGAUCCAUUCGCAGAUGCCAUUAGAGGACCAGAUGAUGAUAUACAGGACGGCCUUGUCCAUAUACGUAUCCAGCAGCGCAACGGGCGCAAGACUUUAACCACAAUUCAGGGAUUGUCGGCUGAAUACGAUCUCAAGAAGAUCGUUCGCUCCUGCAAAAAGGAAUUUGCAUGCAACGGCACUGUCAUCGAGCAUCCCGAAUACGGUGAGGUUUUGCAAUUACAGGGUGAUCAACGCGAGAACAUUUGCCAAUGGCUAACUAAAGCUGGCCUGGCCAAGGCCGAUCGCCUCAAGGUACAUGGAUUCUGAGCACAGGGCACAAGCAGCAAAUCAAAGCCGAUCGAUGAGAUUAUAGCAACAAAAAUACUAGCUUACGCAAUUGUUUCAAAAUAAGUUUAAUAAUGCACAGCUUCUAGUUAAUUAUCACAUAUUAAAAGUAGUUUCCAAUUUUAGCAGUA